CUCCACUAGUAAGUUAGUCAUGGCCUUCGCGGGUCGGUCCAUGUUCACUAACCGGCGUCGGAUUCAGUCCCUUGGCGCGGCUGUUCUUCUCGUCUUUGUUGUCCAAUGGCUCCACCCGCUCAGCAGCGACGCCGAGAGCAACGACUACCCCUUUAAAUGGCAGAGCCCCCUCCACGACAGGGGCAAGCCCGCGCUGGAUCUUCCGUCCGAGUAUAACGAAUUCCUGGAACACGCCAUCCCGCAGUCUGAGUACUGUAACGAGAGAUUCACCCCACGCUAUCUCGAUGACUUCCGCACCCACGCCAUCCAGUACUGCGCCGCGGGCUCAGCAGCCAGCCUGCACUGCUUCCAGGGCCAAACGCGCCCUAACAAUGUUGUCGACUCAAUAUGUAUUGGACAAGGCGCCACGCUGGAUGUGGCAGGCGGAAAGUUUGCCCUUGAUUGCGAACUGCGGGCUCCCGACGCGAACGAGACAAGCCGCGGCUUAAUGCCGUUUGACGGCAUGAAACCGGAAUGGUACGAAACCGGUUCCCGCUGGAUAUUCGACCAUUUUGUGAAGGUCGAACGCGGCUCGUCGGGCGCGGCAACGAUGCAGUCGACGACUCGGAGCGCGGUCCGUUCCAGCAACAUGAACCCGCAGUUUGCGCUGCUCGUCAAGCGCGAGGGCAGCAGCAAUAUCUGGCACGGUCUGAUGGAGAUAUGGAGCAUGAUGAUGACUUUCGACCUGCUGCGGACCAGCCCCAAUCCGUCGCGCAAGGGCGCGCCUUUCUUUGCCGACCGCUCGGACCUCCCCAACGCCCAGGCCCUCGUGCUCGACGACUUACCGGACGGCAACCUCUUCGAUCUCUGGACCAUCUUCACCGGCCGGCCACCCGUCCGCUGGAAGGACCUCGUAGGCGACGCCGAGCAGGCCCGCGCUUUCGUCCAAGUCCCGCGCAACAUCAUCAUCCCACUCCCCGGCGCCGCCAACCCGCUCUGGCAAAAUGACUGGGUCGACCACGACUGCGGGUACGCGCCCAUGCUCAAAACGUUUGUGCACCGCGUCCUGCGCUUCUACGGUAUUUCAACCGACAAGGAUGACGAGAGCCCCCGUAUCGCCGCGGCGGAUCAUGUUGAUGCCAAUGCCAUCAUCAACAUCACCUUCAUCGACCGCACCGGCAGCCGCAGGCUGCUGGAACAUGAGGCCCUGCUGGCCGCCGUCGCGGCUAGGCAUCCGCGCGUGCGGGUGAAAUCGGUCGAUUUCUCAACCAUCCCCUUUGCGGAGCAGCUGCAGCUUGUACGCGAGACGGACCUGCUGCUGGGCGUGCACGGCGCGGGGCUCACGCACACAAUGUUCAUGCGGGACGGGCGCGGGGCCGUCGUGGAGAUUCGGCCCGCGACGAACGACUACAGGGGGUUCCGGAACCUGGCCUUCAUGAAGGACCUGCGAUACCUUACUGCGUACGCUGAGCAGGUCCCUCGAAGCGAAAGCAGUGAUGGUGAUGGGCAGAGCAAGCGAAGCCCUGGGAUGCUCGUCAAGCGGGACUCAUGGCAUUGGGACGAUGUCAGGAUAGAGCCAAAUAACUUUAUGGAGCUGAUGGACGCUGCCAUCGCAGCGCUAUCACAUCCGCGUCGGGGGAUAUAGAGAUAGGGCCUGGUAUGAUUUCUGGAUAUUACCAUGUUUGGCUUGUCCUGGCGACUUGGAGUUCGGCGCAUAGGUUCUACAGUGUAAUACCCCCUGACUGGCCGAUGAUACCAGGUAGACUUCAAGUUCCUAUUGUUGUAAGUGUACGAGGUAGUUGCGGUGUCAUUGAGGAUACUAGUAGCAUGUAGGGCGGCGGACUCAAGUGCGCCACUCGCUGAUAAUGCACCUUACUCCCUU